AUGGAGUCGCCACGUGAUCACUUUGUACCCUCGGGAGGAACCCCAAACUACCCCCAUCACCAUCAUCAUCACAGUGUUUACAACCCUUCGCGAGAGCCACUCUACGGCGAAGAAUCGCACUACGAUCAUCAUCACCACCAAGCAGGCUUUGACCGGCUGUUGCACAGCAUCUACAGUGCCCAGCAGAAGAGUUACCAUCCGGAAGAGUACACCAACUGUUGGAUUACGAGACCCGAGCAGCACGAGAGCCAUCACCUCCAGCAAGAUCAGUUCCAUCUUUUACCUCCUCAGCCUCAAAGUUACCAAGAAGUGAUCAACCAACUGCCGGAAGAGUGCCCAGGUUACGGCAACCAUAGCGUGAAUGGUUACGGUUACCAGCAUGAACCUUCGGCCUUAACAAACCCUGUUAUGUUUGAGCAGUUUGACCGUGGGACGUCGGUGUUUAACAGUUCUGGCAGUACGGUGUACAGUGGUUGUGGGGAGGAUGGGGGGAUGUUGUACGACAGUUACCAAAGUGGAGUGUUGACCAGGAUUGUUGGAUCGGCGGAUGAGCGGAGUGCCGACGGGUGUGGUCAAGAGGAGGAAGAGGACGAAGAAGGGAGUUUUGCGGAGGGUGAUGAGGAGGAGGAAAGUGGAGAGACGGAGAUGGCGAGAAUCGGAAAAGCAAACAAUUCACCGCCAAUCUACACAACCCCUGAGGACAGUAACCAGACCUCCCUGCUCGACCAAACCCAAAUCAGCAACAAGCCAAGCCCGACUACGCGAUCGACCAAAAACUACAACGCCAGCAACCGGAAGGAGCGAACCGCCUUCACCAAGUCCCAGGUGAAAUCCCUCGAGGCCGAGUUCGCCCACUCCAACUACCUGACCCGGCUGCGCCGGUACGAAAUCGCCGUCGCGCUCUCCCUGAGCGAGCGCCAGGUCAAGGUCUGGUUCCAGAACCGCCGCAUGAAGUGGAAGCGCAUCAAAACUGGCGCUUCUUCGCCGUCGCCGUCAAAGGAAAAGUGUUUGAAAUAAGUUUAAGC